GUUGAAAUAGUUAGCAAAGCAGCGACUAAUGGCGGCAUCCGGUGAAAUAUUAACGAUGGAGUCGUACGAAGAGGAACUUAUUUGCCACACAACGGAGGAGCAACCGGAAGCUGUCAGCAAGACUCGAAUUGUGCUACACGUUGAAGACGUCUGUAAAGAAGAUCUUCCUCAGCAGCAGGAGGAGGAAAAAGAGGAGCCGCAGUUCCCCCACAGUAAGGAGAAGGAGUGGGUGCCACAGCCCCCCCACAUUGAGGAAAAGUGGGAGCAACAGCCCCCCCGCAUUAAGAAGGAAAAGUGGGAGCCACAGCCCCCCCACAUGAAAGAGGAAGAGGAGGAUCACAGCGACGAGCGUUUCGAAGGAGUGGAGGAGCUCCCAGUGUUUGUGGUCCAGGUGAAGAGUGAAGAUGAGGAGGAGGAGCUUCAAAGCGGCAAUGAAGCAGACGACCUCUCGGCGACGCCGUCAAACGGCGACGAUGCGUGGUCACGCUCCCCGGACACCGAUGAUGACACCGCAUGUCGGAAAUGCUCCCGGUGUGGCGAGACCUUUGUCAACAAGUCCACCCUGGAGAGGCACGUGAGAACCCACACAGGAGAGAAACCCUUUGUGUGCUCAGUGUGCGGUAAAGCUUUCACUCAGAAAGGCAGUUUGACGACACACGCGAGAAUACACACCGGAGAAAAACCUUUCACUUGUUCCGUGUGCGGCGUGAGUUGCCGGCGAAAUCAGGAUUUGAAAAUCCACUCGAGGACGCACACCGGAGAGAAACCUUUUACGUGUUCGGUGUGCGGUAAAAGCUUCUCUCAAAAGUCCAACUUAACCACGCACAUGAGAAUACACACCGGAGAGAAACCAUAUUCCUGCUCCAUCUGCAACAGAGGCUCUUAUGACCGAACGACUCUUGUGAGACACAUGAAGACACACACGGGGGAGAAAGCAUUUUCCUGUCCGGUGUGCCGUGUGGCCUUUGUACAGAACCACAGUUUAAAAAAACACAUGAGAGUCCACACUGGAGAGAAACCCUUCGUGUGCUCAGUUUGUGGCAAAACCUUCUCGGAAAAGUCCAAUUUGACAGCGCACAGAAGGAUACACAGCGGAGAGAAACCCUUUCCCUGCUCAGUGUGCGGCGCGGCUUUCGUGCAAAACGAUACUUUGAAAACACACAUGAGGAAACACACCGGCGAGAAACCUUUCAACUGCUCCGUCUGCGGCAAAGCGUUCAGACGAAAUCAGUAUUUGAAAAGACACACGCGACGACACAGCGAGGAGAGAAAUGGAAAUGAACACUUCGCUUGAUUCUCAUCGUAUUGCCCAACCUAAGUCAUCAUAUUGCAACAUUCAUUCAUUCAUUCAUUCAUUCAUUUUCUACCGCUUUUCCUCACAAGGGUGUCCAGCCAAUCACAGGGCACAUAUAGACAAACAACCAUUCACACUCACAUUCAUACCUAUGGACAAUUUGGAGUCGCUAAUUAACCUAGCAUGUUUUUGGAAUGUGGGAGGAAACCGGAGUACCGGGAGAAAACCCACGGGGAGAACAUGCAAACUCCACACAGAGAUGGCCAAGGGUGGAAUUGAACCCUGGUCUCCUGGCUGUGAGGUCUGCGCGCUAACCACUCGACCGCCUUACCGCCCUUGCAACAUUCAAAAAUGUUCAAAAAUCAUCUUCUUCUUGUAAAAUGGCCGCCAUUUCCCCUUGUUGUUGUUGCUUUUUAAAACAAUUUUAUUUAAUUAAUUUUAUUAUUUUUUUAAAUAGUUUGACCUCACUUCUUGUGAAUUUAUUAAUGACUUUAUUCCUAGAAUAUUUGGACUUGAUUCUCAUAAUAUUCUAACCAAAUUUUCCAAAAAUGACAACUUGAUUGUGUUUUGUUUAGUUUCUCAUCUAACCCUGAAAAAUCACCUUUUUACAAAUAAAAAUACUUUUUACACUACUUUUACUUGUAAAAUGGCCACCAUUUUCCCCUGUUGUUGUUGUUGUUGCUUUAAAUUUUUUUAUUUAAUUAUUUUUAAUUUUUUUUAAAUAGUUUGACCUCACUUCUUGUGAAUUUAUUAAUGACUUUAUUCCUAGAAUAUUUGGACUUGAUUCUCAUAAUAUUCUAACUUUUUGCCAAACCAAAAUUUCCAAAAAUGACAACUUGAUUGUGUUUUGUUUAGUUUCUCAUCAUAAUCAAUCAUCUUUUCACAAAUAAAAAUACUGUUUACACUACUUUUACUUGUAAAAUGGCCGCCAUUUCCCCCUGUUG